AUGCCUCAUGCGAUCGCUCCCCAACGGAUUAACAAAGACCCAAAACGGGGUACCGUCCUCGUCACUGCAAUCGAAGAGAAGGUCAAGUGGUCACCAAACCAGACGUAUAUGAGAUACCCCACGCCUAAUUGGGAAGUGGACGGAUAUCGCACUCUCACUUAUAAACAGUAUGGCGACUCUAUCAACAAAGUGGCACACUGGCUAGACGAAAAGCUAGGCAAGGCCACCGAGAACGACACCGUGGCGUAUUUGGGUCCCAAUGAUCUGAGAUAUGCUGUCCUGUGGCCAGCCGUGGUGAAGACAGGAAGGAAACUCAUGGUCCCAGAUGGGAGGGUCACAGACGACGGCCUGAAGACUUUGCUGAAAGCCACGAAGGCCAAAAUAUGGAUAUCCGCUGAGGACGAUCCAACAGACCCGCCUACUUCUAUUUCUACAAGUCUGAAGCAAAUUGCACUGCCAUCUGUAGAAUGGUGUCUUGAUGCCUUAUCACACAAGCAUUACCCUUACGAAAAGACGUGGGUUGAGGCGAAGUGGGAUGAGAUCUUGAUCAUCCAUACUUCUGGAACGACCGGGCUUCCAAAGCCGAUUUACCACACGAACGGCUGGCACGCGUGCUUUAGGGAACGAGAACUCUCCAGGAUACACUUUCCACGUGGGACUGUGUACGAUGCCUGGAUCGGAAAAUCCGUGCUGUCGUCAUGCCCCCCACAGUGGCUGGGUGGUAUGGUUCACUACGUUGACUUUCCUGUCUAUAACGAUACGAUUUGCAUCGUUCCGCCGGCAGAUCACACAACGUUUCCCCCGGAAAUUUUCAAGAAGUUGCUACGCUGCAACAUCGUGGACGGAAUCAAAUGUCCACCACAUACUAUACAUCAGUUGUACGGAGAGGCGGACACACAACAGCUGCUCAAGGAGCUUCAGUUCAUCGUGUAUCUAGGCGCGGCUUUAGGUAAGCAUACGGAAGGAAUGUCGAUGCGAGUUUCGCUGACCAACGUCCUCCUAGACCAGAAGAUUGGAGAUGAUUUAGUCGAACACACGCCGGUCGUGUCCUUGAUUGGAGCCACCGAAACUGGAAAGCAGGUGGACCUGAUGCCAGUCAAUAGGAAACUAUGGCACACACACGAUUAUGUCCCCGAAAACGGAAGUCAGAUGGUCCGUAUCGAAGGAACUGGGGUUGCGGCGGAUGGUUCAGAGGAUCUUCACGAACUAGUCAUCGAUCGGCCCAAGGACGGCGAGCCAACGCUCUUUCAGCACGCUUUUUGGAACCCCCAGUUCUAUGGUGUCGACAGAAUCGAGACGAAGGAGCUGUAUGCUCCCAUUAAAGAUGAUGAUGGACGCACGAGAUGGAUCUUCAGUGCCCGGAAAGACGAUCUCACAAAGCUAGAUUGGCUGACUAAAUUCCAUGCUCAGGACAUCGAAAAGACGAUCCAGCAACAUCCAGGCGUGUCGAGUGUCUUCGUAGGUGGUGAAGGGCGGCCCACGCCAUACGUCAUCAUCGAGCCAAAGAACGUUGGCAAUGAGGGAGAGGAAACGAGUGAUCUUCUGGAUGAGCUGUAUGAUUCGCUGUCGAAGAGCAACGGCACUCAUGUGGAGAUCCGCAUACCAAAGGAAACCAUCUUCUUCACCAAGCCGGGCAAGCCGUUAAAGAGAAGCUUCAAGCAGACUUUGAUGCGCAAGGAUAUUGAGAAAGAUUACCAUGCCGAAAUUGAGGAGGUCUACUCGCGGCUUGCGAAGAUGAAGGCGUAG